AUGGAAUGGGGCACCAAUGUCGUCGGCGGAACAAAUCCCAAGAAGGCUGGUACAGAGCAUCUAGGACGGCCUGUUUUCGCAACUGUAAGAGAUGCGAUGAAAGAGGUGAAGCCGGAUGCGACGGGGAUAUAUGUUGCGGCGCCACAGGCGGCGGCCGCGAUUGAAGAGGCGGUUGAAGCGGAGGUGCCGCUUAUUGUGGCGGUUGCGGAGCAUAUCCCGUUGCAUGAUAUCAUGAGGAUUCACUCGAUGUUGCAGACGCAGUCAAAAUCUCGCCUUGUGGGCGCCAACGCUCCUGGUAUCAUCUCCGCCAUAGGGAAAUGCCGCAUUGGUUUCCAGCCGCUUCCUACUUUCUCUCCGGGACACGUCGGCAUCAUUGCAAAAUCCGGGACUCUUUCUUACGAGACUGUGGCUAGUCUAACAAGGGCGGGGCUCGGUCAGAGUCUGUGCAUCGGCAUGGGCGGCGAUGUCAUUGCUGGGACGAAUCACGUGGAUGCCUUGAAAGUAUUUGAACAUGACGACGAUACGGAGGCUAUUAUCCUGGUAGGAGAGCUGGGUGGGACGAGUGAGGAGGAGGCUGCGGACUGGAUCAGAGACUAUAGGAAGAGGGCCAAGGAUCCGAAGCCUAUUGCUGCACUUAUAGGGGGUUUCCAGGCGGCGCCGGGACGGAUCAUGGGACACGCAGGUGCAUGGGUGGGCAUUGGAGAGGGUACCGCGGAGUCGAAGUAUAGGGCGCUGGAGAGCGUGGGCGUGACUAUGGUCGAUCAUCCAGCGAAGUUCGGGACGGUGAUGAAAGAGAUUCUCGCGAAGUCUGGACGGAAUGUCAAGAAGAUCGAACAAUCAGCAGCCCAAGCACAGCAACGCCGGGCAUAUCACACAGCAUCCCGUUUCCCACGCAGACCCAUCCCAGCAUCUCCGCCUCCAUCAACACAGCAGAAGCGCGCCCUCCACAUCAACGCCCAACAAUCCGCCAACCUGCUCCAAUCAUACAGCAUCAGAGUCUCUCCCACGCCAUCAUCAACUCCAGAAUCAAAUCACUUCGUCGGCAUAACCGUCGCCCGUUCCGCUCGCUCCCCUAACAUCAUCGCCGCCCCAACCGCCCUCCAAGCCCAAAUCCCGAACCGCGCGCGCCACUUCCCCUUCGACUACCGCGAUGGCCCAUCCCAAUCCACCAUCAACGACGCAAUCGCGUACCUGCAACUCGACGCCGCACCACCGAAAGCAAAGGCCCAGACCGCAGAGCUGAUUUCAAACCUCUGGAAGCUGUACAAAGAGAAAGAAGCCAUCACCGCCACCCUCUCGCUUUCAAUUCCCGAAGACAAAGAUGAAGUACAAAUAUACUCCCCCUACCUCUUCUUCGACGACGCAGCCUUCAAGUCGAACAACCGCCAAGCAGACCUGCACGCCCUCCGCGACACCGCCUCCAUCAGCGCGAUAGACCGCGAAGCCGAAGCCGCAGGCAUCGUCUUCAUCCCCUCGACUCCCCACCUUCCCCGGAACCACCUCCCAAAGGCCACGCAAACCCCACCCUCAUCACCGCAAGAGAAACCGCGGAAUCUAGUAGGCACCCUCGUCAACGGCGCAGGCCUCGCAAUGAACACAAACGACGUCCUCGCCGCGCGGCUCUCCCCUACACCUCCUCCGCGAACUUCCUCGACACAGGCGGAAAAGCGACGUCCCAAACUAUCAAAACCUCUUUCAAGCUUGUGCUCAGCGAUCCCCGCGUGUCUGUAG